AGAAGAGUGACUUCCGGAAUCUACUGACGCACAUCCUGGAGUGCUAAUGUUAGCUUGAAGCUGGUGGUUGGUCGGACAGUGAGGUGUCAGGCAUGUAUGCCCCCGGGAAAUACAGCUCACGGGGCCCUGCUCUCAUCCCUCGGAUGAAAACCAAGCAUCGCAUAUACUACAUCACUCUCUUCUCUGUGGUGUUGCUUGGAUUAAUUGCCACUGGGAUGUUUCAGUUCUGGCCCCAUUCCAUUGAAUCCACAGCUGACUGGACUCUGGAUAAACGCAGUGUCCAUGAUGCACCUCUGGUUCGCCUUACUGCUUCCAGCCCUAUUCCUGAGAGAGGUGACCUCAGCUGUCGCAUGCACACUUGUUUUGAUGUGUACAGAUGUGGCUACAAUCCCAAGAAUAAAAUCAAGGUCUACAUUUACCCUCUGCAGCGGUUUGUAGACGAUCUGGGGGUUCCCAUCAGCAACACUGGACUGUCUCGAGAAUACAAUGACCUGCUCAGUGCCAUCUCAGACAGUGAUUUUUACACUGAUGACGUCACCAGGGCUUGUCUUUUUAUCCCGUCUAUUGAUGUGCUGAAUCAGAACUCUCUGCGCAUCAGAGAGACUGCUCAGGCUUUUGCUAUGUUACCAAGAUGGGACAAAGGAAUGAAUCACCUCCUCUUCAACAUGUUACCUGGAGGACCCCCAGACUACAAUACUGCCCUUGAUGUACCCAGAGACAGAGUGGUGCUGGCUGGAGGUGGCUUUUCUACAUGGACUUACAGACAAGGUUAUGAUGUCAGCAUCCCAGUUUACAGCCCACUGUCGGCAGAUGUUGAGCUGCCUGAGAGACAGCCUGGGCCACGGCGCUACUUUAUUCUGUCUUCUCAAACUGCCAUCCACCGAGAAUACCGUGCUGAGCUGGAGCGUUUGAAGGAAGAAAAUGGAGAAGCAUUGCUCCUCCUGGACAAAUGCAGCAACCUCUCCCAGGGUGCUGCCUCUGCAAGGAAACGCUGCUACAAGGGGCAGGUGUACGACUACCCACAGAUCCUGCAGGAGUCUUCGUUCUGUGUCGUUCUGCGAGGAGCGCGUUUGGGUCAGGCUGCCCUCAGUGAUGUACUGCAGGCUGGCUGUGUCCCUGUCAUUCUUGCCGACUCCUACAUCCUGCCAUUCUCUGAAGUACUUGACUGGAAGAGGGCAUCGGUGGUUAUUCCAGAGGAAAAGCUAUCAGAAAUGUACACCAUCCUCAAGAGUAUUCCUCACAGACAAGUGGAAGAGAUGCAGAGACAGGCACGCUGGUUCUGGGAGGCCUACUUCAGCUCCAUGAAGGCUAUCGGCUUGACUACACUCCAGAUCAUCAAUGACCGCAUCUACCCAUAUGCUGCACGCACCUAUGAGCAGUGGAACAAUCCACCUGUGGUGAAGUGGUCCAGUGUGAACAGCCCUCUCUUCUUGCCACUCAUCCCACCAAGGGCACCUGGAUUCACAGCAGUGGUGCUGACCUACGACCGCGUUGAAAGUCUUUUCCGGGUCAUCACAGAAAUCUCCAAAGUACCCAGCCUGGCUAAGCUACUGGUGGUUUGGAAUAACCAGAACAAAAGUCCUCCUGAGGAGUCUCUUUGGCCAAAGGUCGGCGUUCCCCUCAAAGUCGUGCGGACCAAAGAGAACAAGCUGAGUAACCGCUUCUUCCCCUACGACGAAAUCGAGACGGAAGCCGUGCUGGCGAUCGACGACGACAUCAUCAUGCUGACAUCUGACGAGCUGCAGUUCGGCUACGAGGUAUGGAGGGAGUUCCCAGACAGGCUGGUGGGUUACCCGGGGCGGCUGCACCUCUGGGACCACGAGAUGGGGAAGUGGAAGUACGAGUCGGAGUGGACCAACGAGGUCUCCAUGGUCCUAACCGGAGCCGCCUUCUAUCACAAGUACUUCAACUAUUUGUACACAUACAAGAUGCCAGGAGACAUCAAGAACUGGGUGGACGCUCACAUGAACUGCGAAGACAUCGCCAUGAAUUUCCUGGUGGCUAACAUCACAGGCAAAGCCCCCAUAAAGGUGACCCCGAGGAAAAAGUUCAAGUGCCCCGAGUGUACCGCCAUCGAUGGACUGUCCCUGGAUCAGACACACAUGGUGGAGAGAUCCGAGUGCAUCAACAAGUUUGCGUCGGUGUUCGCCACGAUGCCCCUGAAGGUGGUGGAACACCGCGCGGAUCCGGUUCUCUACAAAGACGACUUCCCCGAGAAACUCAAGAGCUUCCCCAACAUCGGCAGCCUCUGACUAUCCAGUAACAGAUGUUUGGACCUGGUCACGGCCUCAAAACUCUGAACAGUCGUUACCACGGACGUCUUUUAAAUUGACAUCCUGACUCAAGUUGUACAUGCUCUUGUCACUUAUUUCACUCUUUUGAUUUUUAAUCGGAGUGCUUCAAGUGCAUUGUGUAUAAAACGAUAUAAAUGACCAAAAAAAAAACAAAAAAAAAAACGGUAACAUCAUGUGACCUUGUGACCUUUUACUGUUACUAUUUUGGAGCUGAACAUUUCUCCCACUCUGGAUUCAGUGUGUGCGUUGUGUGUAUUUAUACACACACACACACACACACGUUUAUAUAUAUCUAUAUAAAUAUAUGUAUAAUGUUUUAUUUCGUUUGCUGUCAAAAUAUGCCAUAGAUCAUAUUCUUUUAGCUCUGCUGUGUAAAAAGAAAAAAAGCUAACCCAAAAGCGUAGCAUUAUAUUAUUGUACAUGGUUCAGCUGCAUAGCGUAACAGUUACCGUGUGUGAUUGUGUUAACACGCAACGGCGGCUAACAGAUGACGUAUCCGAUUGGACUGACAAAGUUAGCCCCCAUAAAUCUAAUAUUUAGAGUGCGUACGUGCUAAUUUAAAAAACGCGAUGCCGGAGCUACUGGAACAUCUUGAAUUGUAAUUUUCUAAUGCCAGAGCAAGCCUUUUCUCGUCAUAUUUAUGUACGCCCGAGACGCAGUGGUGCUGAGUGAAGCGUCCACCAAGUUCUGUCAUGAGUUAUGUAGAGUAGGAGUAGCUGUUUGCCAUGCAUUUAAAGACCUACUAUAAUGUGAAUAAUAGACAACCACAAAAACCCACAUUUCUCUUAACAGAUAUGUACAGUAAGCGUUUGUUUUUUCUCCAUUUGUGUCUUUAUUUGUGUUCUUUUCAUUACUAGUUUUCCAGCUCCAGUGUUCACACACUGGAACACUGAGAGCAGCACAGUCUGGCCUUGUGAUGUUUUUAUUUGCCUUUUUUUAUUAUUAUUAUUAUUACUUUGCAAAGGUCAGAAGAAGUUGUUUUAAAUGUUUGUUUUCGACUAAAUUAAUGUAUCUAAUUGUGUAUAUAUAUAUAUAUAUAUAUAUAUAUAUAUACCUUUGUAAUAAUACAUGUUAAAUAAAGACCACACUAUUACAUGC